UUGGAGAGGGGGGGGAAAACCUCCCUUGGCGCCUAGACGCCGUCCCAAGAAGGCUCGGCGGCUUCUCCGAAGAGGGACCCCUCCACUCCACUCCACCCCCCCAGGUCCAGUUCCAAGCCCGCCCUGCCUGGGCUUCCCGUCCUGGGGAUGCUGGCGGUGGGGCCGAUGGAUGGCACCCCCCGGCAGAGCGCCUUCCUGCUCAGCAGCCCGCCGCUGGCCGCCCUGCACAGCAUGGCCGAGAUGAAGACGCCGCUCUACUCGGCAGCAGCAGCCGCCGCCGCCGCCUACCAGCUGCCUCCCCCGGCCGCCUCUGCAGCCAGCGGACCUUCCUCCCUCUCCUCGGCUCCUUCGUCGUCGUCUUCCUCCUCCUCCUCCUCCUCUUCCUCGGCGUCCGCCUCGCCUUCCCCUCCGCUGGGCUCCCCGACCGGCCUCAAGCCCCACGGCGCGGGGGCUCUGUCGGCGCUGGGGUCGCCCCCGCAGCAGCACUCGGCCGCCACCCCGCACGGCAUCAACGAUAUCUUGAGCCGGCCGUCCAUGCCGCUUCUGGCCGCCGCCUCCGCCUCUUCCUCCGCCUCCUCUUCUUCUUCCUCCUCCGCCUCGCCGGCCGCCGGGCUCCUGGCUGGCCUGCCCCGGUUCAGCAGCCUCAGCCCGCCGCCCCCGCCGCCCCCGGGCCUCUACUUCAGCCCCAGCGCCGCUGCAGCCGCCGUGGCCGCCGUGGGGAGGUACCCCAAGCCUUUGGCCGAGUUGCCCGGCAGGACGCCCAUCUUCUGGCCGGGGGUCAUGCAGAGCCCCCCUUGGAGGGACGCCCGCCUCGCCUGCUCGCCCCAUCAAGGCUCCAUUUUACUGGAUAAAGACGGCAAAAGGAAACACACGAGGCCGACGUUUUCCGGCCAACAGAUCUUUGCUUUGGAAAAGACUUUUGAGCAAACCAAAUACUUAGCUGGGCCGGAGAGAGCGAGGCUCGCCUAUUCGCUGGGAAUGACGGAGAGUCAAGUCAAGGUCUGGUUCCAGAACCGGCGGACCAAGUGGCGGAAGAAACACGCUGCCGAGAUGGCGACCGCCAAAAAGAAGCAGGACUCGGAGACGGAGCGGCUGAAAGGCGCCUCGGAGAACGAGGAGGAGGACGACGACUACAACCGGCCCCUGGACCCCAAUUCGGACGACGAGAAAAUCACGCAGCUGCUCAAGAAGCACAAGGCGGGCGGGCCUAGCGCCGGCCUGCUGCUCCACGCCUCAGAGAACGAGGCCUCCUCCUAAGCGGCGCGGGGGGGAAAAAAACGCCGCGCGGCCGCCAAAAGGACGAGCUCCACAGAACCAGUUGCUUUUUCCGACCAGAGAAAGAGGAGGAGGAGACCGGGCGCCGGGCGGCCCCCUCAGAGCUGCCCCUGCCCGGAUGGGUAUCUUGAGGAAAAUUGAGGCGGGGGAGCCUCGACGGACAGGCCCGGGGCCUAACGCCGCCCGGCUUUUCCCGCCAAAAAGGGACCCGCUACUAUCCCGAGUGCGGCCGAGGCGCCUCUUUAUUUGUAAAUAAAAGCCACCGGACUUUAUUCUACACAGCGAAUAUUUAAACCUAAUAAUCUUUUAACUCCCGGCUAAUUCGCAAGUCAGAGCGUCGGCGCUCGGGAGACUCGCGCCUUGUUGAGUCGCCACCUCAGCCUCCGCUCCUCAAACUCUUUUUUUUUUUCUUCUUCUUCCUUCGGGGAGUUUUGUGACUUUAAAAAGCGGCGGUUUUUUUUCUUUCUCGUAGUAGCCCCAUGAGUUUUCGUCGCUAGCUUAACUCCCAACUUUCCACAUUUGGGACGCGAAUGAUCUGCACUGCGAAGGGGCGUGUGGGUUUUAAGGGAAAUCGGGGAGGUUUAAAUGUCAUUGGUUUCCUUCAGCAAAACCUCUGUCUUUUUUUUUUUAUUAUUAUUAUUAUUAUUAUUUUUCCAUCGGGAGAAUGGGCAAGCUUUUAGAGCAACGCAGGAACUUUCGUGAAGAAGCGGUCUGUGUGUAACCUGGACAUUAAAAGGCCUCGGUUGCCAUUUCAAAUUGGAAUACCUGAGCCCUGGUCUUUCCCUCAAAUUGACUGUAUUAUAGGGCAGUCAAGCUCCUUCGGAACAGCUGUUUAAAAAUGUAACCUAGAUAUUGUAGUUUAAAGCUCCUUUUAAUUUUCUCUCUAAAUGAGUCCCGCCAAAUGAAUAACACCUUACUUACAUACAUACAUACAUACAUACAUACAUACAUACAUACAUACAUACACACACACACACACACACACACACACACACUGUGGGGGGAAGAAUGCUUGAUUCUAACUCUUGUAUUUUGCUUUAGAAAGCAAGAAGUAAAGCGAGAAAAGAGGAAACCGAGCAUUCGGGAUAAAAAUCUUCCCUUUUGCAAAUAAUAAUAAUAAUAACAAUAAUUGCAAGUAAACUUUUACGGUUGGUUUUGAAAUCCCGAAUUCGCGCGCCUGGUUGGAUAGAAUUUGAAAUGUGGAAUGUCGGGGUUUAUUUUUUUAUUUUUUAAAUGAAACGUGUACAUUGCUUUCUUAUAUUAUUAUUUUUUUUCUAAAGCUAAUAAUGUCGUAUUAGCCUUUUAGCCUUUGAUUAAUUUAUACGAAGACAUUUCAAGUUUCGUGAACAAAAACAGCCCUGCCAAGACCAGUUUUAACUCAAUGCACUUUGUUUUUGUUUUAAAAAGGAGGAAUCAAUUUAAGUCAGUUAUAUUCACUUCUGUUGCCUGGAUGAAAAACUGAAGGGUGCAGAAAAUGUCUCAUCCGAGAUGAAAUAAAAUUGGUCAUAAAUAAAUCAAUAAAAACUCAUUACAAUCGAU